AUGGACGAAAGCCACACUGGUGAUGCUUUCGGUGUCUUGGGCUCGUCGAUUGGCAUCGGCUCAGGCAAGAUAAUUGUGUGGAGUAUAGAGACAUACAUUGUGAAGGUGGAAGGACGGCUAGAACAGAAAGAGUCACUGAAACCCGUCGAUGGGGUAUCUGUCCCUCACUACCAAGAUGGCAGAGAGACUACCUCCGUUGAUCCUGGUGAGGCCCUUGAUACAUUUAAGGCUAAAGUGGAUAAAUGGAAGGAUACCACGGCUACCUAG